CGGGGCAGGUGGGGCGGGCCCGGGCAUAGCGGGCGGUGGCGUCCCUUCUCCAGGUGUUGCGGCGCUUCCACGUCGCCAGGCGGUCCGCGGCUUGCGUGAGCCCAGGCCGCCCCAGCGUCCAGAGUGCCGGCCCUUGGGCUCCCGAGGCCAUGGCGGGGCCGGGCCCUGGGGACCCGGACGAGCAGUACGAUUUCCUGUUCAAGCUGGUGCUGGUGGGCGACGCGAGCGUAGGCAAGACGUGCGUAGUGCAGCGCUUCAAGACCGGCGCCUUCUCGGAGCGCCAGGGCAGCACCAUCGGCGUGGACUUCACCAUGAAGACGCUGGAGAUCCAGGGCCAGCGGGUCAAGCUGCAGAUCUGGGACACAGCUGGCCAGGAGCGAUUCCGCACCAUCACGCAGAGCUACUACCGCAGCGCCAAUGGGGCCAUCCUGGCCUACGACAUCACCAAGAAGAGCUCCUUCCUGUCAGUGCCUCACUGGAUUGAGGACGUGAGGAAGUAUGCCGGCUCCAACAUUGUGCAGCUGCUGAUUGGGAACAAGUCGGACCUCAGCGAGCUGCGGGAAGUGCCGCUAGCCGAGGCACAGAGCCUGGCAGAGCACUAUGACAUCCUGUGCGCCAUCGAGACGUCGGCCAAGGACUCAAGCAACGUGGAGGAGGCCUUCGUGAGGGUGGCCACGGAGCUGGUCAUGAGGCAUGGGGGCCCUCUGCUCAGCGAGAAGGGCACUGACCAUAUCCAGCUGGACAGCAAGGAUGUCGGAGAGACCUGGGGCUGUGGGUGCUGACCGGGCGCAGGGCAGGCAGGCGGGGCCCCACCUGCUCUUGCCCUCUGGCCUCUACGCCCAGCCCCCCAGAGCUGGCCCUCCAGGGCACCAGCCGGAUAAAGUCCUGGAAUUAUCCAUCCUGUGGCCUGGAUGGUUGAUGGGAAGGCUUCCCUCCAGGACAGAAGAAGCAGGACUUCUCCUGCAGGAGACCCAUUGGCACAGGGUAGGAUGUGGGUCCCAUCCCGCAGCCAGCGGCUGUCGGCACGCUUCGCAUCCCAGGACUGGCUGGAGCCUGCCGGCAUGGGCCUCACCCACCCCACGUGCCCUCUUUCUGACCAUUUCACACCUGAGGCUGCGGCAUUUGUCGCUUUCCAGGAAUGUGGCUGGUGCCCUGGGUCCCCGGGUCAUUCCAGCCAGAGCCCUGGGCCCAGCAGACUUGGUUCCUGAGCACAGGCCCAGGGGGGCCCUGGCUCCCCCCUUUCUUCACUGCCAGCCCUCAGUUCACAGGCGCCCUGCAGCUCGGCUCCUGCCUCACGUUUUCCAUGUAGCUUCUCAUUUUCACUGGCAUAAGCGUGGGUCACAGCCCACAGCUGAGUGCAGACCAUCUGUUGGCUUGAGCCCAAAGUUGUGCCAUUGAGGUUGCAAAACCAGCUAGUCCUUUAGCUCUGGCUCUCAGAAGCUUGAGGUAGGAGGGGAGUGUGGACAUUUAGGGAAGAGGAAGAGCUUGUACUCCCAAGGCCUGGGGCCGAGAGGGGCCCUCAGGUUGCCCACUCUCACCUCUACCUGCAGACUCCCAGUCAAUGUUUGAGUUUCCCAGAUGGAGGAGGUGAGGCUUUGCAGUCCUGGGUCUGGCCAGUUCAUGCCCCUGGCCACCCACCCUCAGUGGCCUCCAAGUACACUGGGCACUAGGGCGGGACAGCAGGGCCGCAGGGUCACUGCUGCAGCUCAGAGACCGGGGCUGGGCGGUGGCAGGUGGUCCUCCUACACCAAUCCCAGGCUCUCCUCCUCUGCCAGGUUCAGUCCCUCAGACCUCCCUUGUGGGGCCCCAGAAAAUAAACUGCUCUUGGAGCCAAGGAUGAGGCCUCACCAGAGAGAACCAGCCCAGAGGCAGCCGCACAGCCUUCCUGGCCAGCACUUUGUCUGGCUGACCCCCUUUCAGGUAGGCCUGGCUGCAGAGCAGGAAGCCAGACGUUGCACAGCAGCCCCAGGAGGUGGGGUUGGAUGGGGCUGGUGGCUCCCUUCCAGCCAGGACACAGCCUUGGAACCGCUGAGCCUGGUUCUGGAGGGGUGGGAUGCUGACCUGCUUGGGCCAGGAGCUUCUGGGCAGAGUCUGCCUUGAAGGGAUCAGCCUCCUGGGGGCGGGGAGUGAAGUAGGGACUGGGAGUAAGAAGGCUGCGUGGCUGUCGUCCUCUGUGGCCUCGCUGAUGGGAUGGGCCCCGUCCUUCCACCUGCACAGUAGAAAGUGCCUGCACUGGGGGGUUGCCCAGAGGGGGCCCCUUCAGGCCAAGGUCAGAGGUCCUCCAGCCCCAGGGCCUCUCUGCUGGGGGCUCAUGCUUGGGCAGAGCUCAGCUUUCAGCCUAGGCUCCAGCUGGAAGACCAGGCUCAGGAAGACCACUUGCAGAGAGCUGCUGCUGGGGGCAGGAGGUACAGGCAGGAAACAUGGGUGCUGGCCCUACCUGCUGACCCCGGGCCUCAGGGCUGGGCAUGGCCUUCAGUUGCAUCUCAGGGCUUCUGGAAAGAGGCAGGCCCUCCCCGCCUCCUUCAGAGGGAGCCCUGGGCAUGGUCACAGCAGUGGGCAGCUGACUGGUGACAGGGUUCGUUUGCCACCUUGGACCUCGAGCCAUCCCCCUGUGCCCUGAAUCCCAGCACAGGGUUACUUGCAAGGAAAGGAGCCCCUCACUGUGGCCCCUUCCUCAUCCAGAACCAAGGUAACAUCGCUUCCCUCCCUGCCACCUUCACAGUCCCAAGAUGUCAGAGCCUAGGACCUCGGGAUCUCCUGCUACCCAUCCUCUGCAUGGAGCAGCCUCGCUCUCAGAGUGUAGCCUAGAACUCGGGUCACCUUGGGCUCCCUGCUUUUACUCCCUACCCUACCACCAUGCCCCCUGCCCUUCCCCACGCGGGCCCCAUCCCCUCACCUGGACAUCUGAUUGACCUUGGCCUGGGCUUCCAUGGCCCCAAGCACCCUCCUGCUGUGGUCAGAGGCUGCUGUGAGAGGUCCCUUGUGGUCCCUCCCCAACUCUGACACCUUCCAGGGUUGAUGUGCCCUCAGGCAGUUGUCUAAGGCCUCCAAAGCUCCACAGGCUUCUCCAGCACCUUCUGCUCCCAGGAGCCCUCUGUCUAGGCCGACCCUUCUGUGCUUCCCCUGUUUAUUGACCCUGCCCUUGUAUUCGUGUCCCUUAGAGCCCCAAGAAUGACCAGCUGACAGCUGAGGACUGGCCCCAGCUAGUCCCCAGCUCAUCAUGCCCUCUGGCAAGGAGUUCCAACCCCACCAUCUGCCUGCCUACCUGCCUGCGAGGUUCCUGGUUCUGCAGAAAGGCUUGCCCUGCCCCAGCCUCAGACCCAGGCUAGUGCUCAAGGUGUGCUGGCCAGGGGGGGCUGGUCACCUCUGAGCCUUAGUACCCUGUCAAAUGGGGACUUGGACUUGGGUAAGAGAAAAUGGGGAUGUGUAAGACAACACAGGCAGCCUCGUCUGCCCCCUCUCCCAGCCAGAGGAGAGUGGCUUAAUCUCCUUUGUUUAUAAGUUACCCAGGAACAGGAGCAGUGGGGGAAGGAGGGCCAGGAAGUGUCCCAGCCACCAGACUGGAGGAGGGGUCUGUGGCCUGGGCUGAAGGGGGACCGGAGGGGCAGGUGUUUUACACUCACAGGAGGAGGAGCUGGCGGGCAAGGAAUAGGGAUCCUGACUCCUGAGCCAGAAGGUGGAGUGGGGGUGGGGGUGUGAGGUGCCCCAGGGACACGGGCCCCAGCAGGCGUGGAGCUGGAGGAAGCUCCUAAUUCAUAUUGAAUUCAGUUCCCUCCACUCUGGGGGGCUGCCGGGCCGGGGCCUCAGGGACCUCUGACCCUGCACCUGGACAGGGGUGGGGAGGGCCUCAGCGCAAGGAUGCCGUUGCAUUUGGGUUUUUCACAUUGCCUAUUUAUGAAUAUAUGAAUCUUUAUAUCAAAUCUAUUUUUUAAAACAUGGAAACGUUGCCUUUAUGGAGACUUCGCAGAGCCAGAGCGUACACAUUCCUAAACCAUUAAACGUUUCUGUAAUGAGCCAA